AUGCGACUACUCGUCGUGGUAGCAACGGCAUCGGCGUGUAUGGCCCUCUCUUGGGCGCAGGCGUCGAAAGGUCUCAAUAACACCGAAGAUUGUGAUUCAUCCGAGGAAGAGAGCGAUGAGGACGCCCUACGGAGACACGAAAUUGCAAGAGCACAAGCCAGAGCAGCGGCUCAGGCCCGGAUGGUGGCUCUCGGCUUGAGACCGGCGAAGACUUUGCCUAAGAAAGUCGAUGAUGUAGAGAAACAGGCUCAGACCAGAGUGCGACACAAGGUCAUACUUCCCGGCGCGCGAGCGCAAAAUGAAGAUGAUCGGCUAAACAUCAUACCGGUGAAGGAUUAUUUGACCCGCGAGAAACGUCAAGAGGACGAAGAGGAAGAGGACGAACUCACGAAGCUCAUUGAGAAGCCGGAACCGUGCGAUUUCGGUACCGGCGAAGAGCCGCGAACAUGUGGCUGGGCGAACACACCGAACGUGACCGCGGCGCGCAGUAUACCGUGGGUGAUCUCCAGAGGAGACGAUGCUCUGUACAAAGGAGGUCCGCGAACUGACCAUACCGAAAACAACGGCGCAGGUGGCUACAUCUACUUCGAGACCUCGAGGGAGCCUCCUAGACAACCACCGAUUCUGCUCGGCGGAACUACGUCAACCGAAUCCAACAACAUCGACGUGGGGAGCGCCGGACAGGGCGGAAAUCAACAUCACGUUAUCUCAUAUCCUGAGCCAGCGAAUGAUUUCGAGUCGGCUGUGCUUGCGACAAGAAAUAUUUCUGCAACAGGCCCGCAGGGAUUCUGCAUCUCGUUUUUCUACGCUGUCGAGGGGCUCAGUGUGGACAGACUACGAGUUGUGAUCAUGGACGUCAACACCUUCGAGAAUAUCACUGUGUGGGAAAGUGACGACAACUUCGACGGAAAAUGGCAGAAAGGCGAAGUUGCGUACACGUACGGUUGGCCUCAUCAGGUUUGGUUCGAAGGGAUUCCGAAAAGGACCGGAGAUUCAACGCGUCGCUUCAGAGGUUUUAUCGCUCUCGACGAUAUCGUAUUCGACCGGAUGGGCGAAGCCGGAGACAAUUGUCUCGGCCAUUGUACGUUCGAAGGAGGUUUUUGUGGAUGGACUAAUGCAGACACGGGAGACGACUUCAACUGGGAUCAAGGACGGGGCUCGCAGAGCUUCCUCACAGGACCCCAGAGAGAUUAUUCCUCGUUUGGUAAAGAUGAGAGGACCGGUGGCUACAUCUACAUCGAUUCGGCUUAUCCUCGGCGACCUCAAGAUAAGGCGCAACUCAUAAGUCCUACGCUCAAAGCUACAGGAGCAAACAACCCAAUUUGCAUGAAAUUCGCCACCCACAUGUUCGGCAAUGGAAUCGGAACGCUCAGAGUGCUUUCGCGCAAAGAAGGAACCGAUGAGCCACCGAAGACACUCUGGGAAAUGUCCGGCGAAGCUACCAAUCAGUGGUAUCUCGCCCAGGUGCAAGUAGCUUCUAUAGAGCCCAUUCAGCUCGUCCUUGAGGCUACGGUCGGUGCGAACUCCUUAGGGAACAUCGGGAUCGACAAUAUCUCGUUCCGUCCAGGAACGUGUCCAAUAUCCCCGCAAACGGCGGCUCGCAACUCCGGGGACUGCAAUUUCGAGGAAGAUACAUGCGGCUGGGUCAAUCCCCAUCCCGCGGACGGCUUCGACGACUUCGAUUGGGCCCGCCAGUACAGCUACGGUCUCAAUGGGCCGUCGAUAGACCAUACUCGGAAGCGUGCGGACGGAUACUUCAUGAACCUGAUGAGCAAUACAGCCCUGCCAGCCCGAGGUGGCUCGAAGGCAUGGCUCAUAUCGCCCAAGUUCUCAACGGACGCCGCGCCGCGUUGCAUGGCAUUCUACUACUACAUGUACGAGCGUACGAUAGACCCCUCGGGUCCGGCACUGGGUUCUCUACGAGUCCACGUUCUCCACCAUCCGCUCGAUGGGCCGAAAAAGCCUCUGACAACCGUCUGGAGGCUGAACAAUCAUCAAGGUCAUCGUUGGCUGAUGGCAAGGUCCCCGAUCCGAAUGCCGGAUGGCAUGCCGAUCUCGGAUCCCUAUCAGAUUAUCAUUGAAGGCAUCUGGGGCCACGGACGUGUGGGCUAUGUGGCAAUAGACGAUAUCAGCUUCUUCGACGGAGAUUGCACAACGUUCCCGGAAAAAGCGGCCGCCGUACCUGGGGAAUGCUCGUUCGAACGGGAUAUGUGCGGAUGGACGAACGCGACUGGUAUCCUGAGCAAGGAGCAGCAAGCAGCGCAGGCGCUACAACUUUCGAAACAAAUUGUUCAGAUCAGACCCUUGAACCUUAUCGGUCGAGGUGGAAUCUCCCCGAGAGCUUCACUCACGUGGAGGCUCGCCUCGUCCGUUUCGAGGCCUGCCAACCUCCAAGAUCAUACUUACAGGGCUCCGACCGGAUACAUUUUCUUCGAUAUUUUCAAUCAGAACGCGGUCCAAAAUCCGAUUCUGCGUUCGACCGUGGUCCAAGCCGUAGAUUCGGAACCUGAUCGAUGCGUAUCGUUCUGGUUCGCGCCUUUCGGACGGGGAGAAUCAUCCACACUGACUCUAUACAGAAUCGAGCCUGAGAUCACGGAAGAAGAUACUAGGAUGAUACUCUGGAAAUUCAUCAGCAGACGUUCAGACACACAACGACCCGAUUGGAGAUAUGGACAAGUGAAGAUUCCUGCUGAUAAACCAUUCAGGAUUCAAUUCGAAGGCGAGGCGAAUGACGGUGGUUUCGCUCUCGAUGACAUUACGUUUUACAACGGUGACUGCGAAACGAGACCGAGCAACGCGGUUGUUGCUCCGCCCGAGCCCAUAUGAGAACCUGGGGCUGAAUUGCGAACUGGGACACCGAACUCAAACAUUCGAAAAAUUGCUCGUGAUGGUCGAUGCUCAUCAAUCAUUGUACUCUAUGGAAACAUUUUCUGUACAUACUCACUGUUGGAUAUCGUUGGUUUUUUACAAUACAGGGAGGAACUCCCAUUUGUCCCAUCAUUU